AUGGGACUGUGGCUGCGCCUCUCUCUGCUGUGUUCCCUUUUAACUCUGACAGCCGGUGUUGAUUUCCUCCUGGAACCCGACAAAGCGUCAGGGCGAGCGCUUUUUUCUCGAGCUUCGAACCGAGCCAAGAGAUCCUUGAUGCCCGCUUGGCGUCACAGUGUGACAAAGAGGAGCGACCCACCAGAAGCCUCCUGCGAUACCCUUAAACUUAAAGGAUACGAGGCCAAGUUGAACGACAACACACACCGUUAUACUUUCAAUGACUUGAGUGGAUCAGUGUCACUGGCCUGGGUUGGUGAUGGUACAGGGGUAAUCCUGGCUUUGACCACAUUUCAGAUUCCUCUCUUCAUGAUCAAAUUUGGACAGUCCAAACUCUACCGAAGCGAGGACUACGGAAAAUCAUUCGUGGAUGUCACUCACCUGAUUAACAACACGUUCAUAGAAUCAGAUUUUGGCAUUGCAAUCGGCCCUGAGAAUUCUGGCAAAGUGAUCUUGACUGGCGAAGUGUCUGGUAGUCGCAGCCCUCGGAUCUUUGUUUCAAGUGACUUUGGAAAGAGUUUCACCCACCUGGUCCUACCUUUUAUCCCUCACUCGGUCAUCACGUACAAUCCUGAGAAUUCCAACGUGCUGCUCGCCAUCGCGAGAAAAAAUGAGCUGUGGCUGACUAAGGACUUUGGGCAGAAUUGGAAAAAGAUCCACGACAGGGUGUGCAAGGUGAAAUGGGGGAUGAAGAAUGCCCUCUUUUUUUCAACCAAUCAUAAUGGAUCCUGUAGUGAACGUGGAGUGCUGGAAUUAAAGAGGACAACUGAUUUUGGGGAAACAAUUGAGACCAUCGCUAACAAACUCUACUCCUUUGGCCUCGGUGGUCGCUUUUUGUUUGCUUCUGUGAUGACUGGGGAGGGCACUAUGAGGAUCAUCCAUGUGUCGGUGGACCAAGGUGACAAUUGGAACAUGGCCCAGUUACCCGCCAUCGAUCACAGGCAGUUCUACUCCAUCUUGUCAGCAGGCGACGAAAUGGUCUUCAUGCACGUAGAUAAUCCAGAAGAUGAUGGCCUAGGUACCAUUUAUGUGUCUGAUGACCGAGGCACUAUCUACUCCAAGUCACUGGAAAACCACCUUUACACCACCACAGGGGGUGAAACUGACUUCACCAACAUCACCUCUCUGAGAGGUGUUUUUAUCACCAGCAAAAUGGAAGAAGACAACUCUAUGAGCACUGUUAUGACUCGUGACAUGGGAGGGGAGUGGACUGCUUUGAAGAAGCCUAUUAACAGAAAUUGUGCUUUGGAAGCCAAGGACCCGGAUAAGUGCAAUCUCCACAUCCAUGCGGCAUACAGUGCUGCUGUGAGGCACAACGUCCCCAUGCUACCCCUGAGCGAACCAAAUGCUGUGGGUUUAAUAUUAGCUCACGGGAGUGUCGGUGAUGAUGUCUCGAUGAUGAUGAAUCCUGACGUGUACGUUUCUGAUGAUGGGGGCUACACGUGGAUAAAGGCUCUGGAUGGCCCACAUCAUUAUGCUAUUCUGGACUCUGGUGGGCUGCUUGUAGCUGUGGAGCACCAGAAUGUACCCGUCGACACAAUCAAAUUCUCUACGGAUGAAGGGCAGUGCUGGCACAAUUACACAUUCACCAACGAGCCCAUCUUCUUCACGGGCCUGGCUUCAGAACCGGGUGCCCGCUCCAUGAAUGUCAGCAUCUGGGGUUACAAAACUAGCUUGUUCGCCGAGCACUGGGUCUCAAUCACCAUUGACUUUCGGGAUCUCCUCACCAAAAACUGCGAGGAUAACGACUAUGUGAAGUGGUUGGCACAUUCUGAUGAUGUCAGUGACCCCGAGGACGGCUGCAUUCUGGGCUACAAGGAAACGUUCCUGCGUCUCCGUAAGGAUUCUGUUUGCUGGAACGGACGGGAUUAUGUGGUUAGCACAAAGCCGACGCCUUGCAAUUGCACUCUGGAUGACUUCCUUUGUGACUUUGGAUUUUACCGUAAAGAAAACAGUUCCGAGUGUGUGGAGGAGCCAGACCUGAUAGGCACAGUGUUGCAGUUCUGUUUGCACGGCAGAGAGGAACAACUGCACACACAAGGCUACAGGAAAAUUCCUGGUGAUAAAUGUGAGGGAGGUAAGAUUCCUGAACGCAAAGAGAUUGACCUGAGGGAAAAGUGUGUGAGCGAUUUGCUGGGCCGUAACACCCAGACAUACAGCCAGUCAUCAACAUCUGUAGGCAUCGUGCUAACGAUUGUCGUCAUCAUGAUACUAAGCAUGGCAGCCGGAAUCGUCUUCAUUAAGAAAUAUGUCUGCGGUGGCAGGUUCUUGGUCCACAGAUAUUCUGUGCUACAACAACAAGUCAAUGACAAUGCAGCGGAAGGCAUGGACGACCCGUUGGACGACCAGCUAGACAGCGAUCACAGUACCAAUGGGAAAAUUGACUUUCACGGUGACUCUGAUGAGGACAUGUUGCAGUAG